AUGUCUGAUUCGGAAAAAGCCUCCGGGAACAUUUUGGAUUCCGGCAGCAAAAUCUUGCAGCUGGCCAGCAGAGGGGAGUGGAUAACGCUGGAGCAAACGCUCAAAGGCAUCGAUAAAGGCGACCUUGGCUCCUCGGAAAACGACCAAGAAUCUGGCCUCACACCUUUUAUGAUCGCAGUUAAAGAAAACCGGCUUUCCAUUGUUGAACGAUUCCUCGAGUUGGGCGUAAAUCUUAACGAGAGAACAAAGGACAAUCGUACGGCUCUACACGUGGCGGCGGCUUAUUCUAAAGAAGAGAUUAUCCGCCUCCUGCUGAACAAGAAGGCAGAUCCAAAUAUCCCUGGUGGGGCCAAGGACCAGCUGCCUGUCCAUUUUGCGGCCCUUCGCCCAAGUGGGGCCGUCGGUGUGAUCCAAACCCUGUUGAAAGCAUCUCACAAAGAGGCGCGACUCGCCCAGGACAAGGACGGCUGCAUCCCCCUGUUUCUAGCGGUGGAAUCGGGUAACCUCGGUGUCGUCAAGGAACUUCUGUCGGUGCAGACGGACGUCCAGCUCCGAGCCAACAAUAAAAAACAUGGCGACACGGCACUCCAUGCGUGUUGUAGAAAGAGAGACCUAGAAGUGGCCAAGGCCUUAGUGGAACACGGAGCCUCGGUCGACUGUCAGAAUGGUGAAGGUCAGACCGCGUUACACGUCGUGGCCUGGGAAGGAGACGAGACCAUGCUGAAGUUCUUACAUCAAUGCAAAGCCAACCCCAACAUAGCAGACAAGAUGGACCGGUCCCCGCUGCACAUUGCCGCAGAAAGAGGACACACCGGUUUGGUGGAAAUUCUCACUGAGAAGUUUAAGUCCAACGUUUUAGCUCGGACUAAAGAUGGCAGUACCCUCAUGCACAUCGCUUCACAGUGCGGGCAUCCAGAAACUGCGCUGGCAUUUUUGAAGAAGGGGGUUCUGCUUCAUAUGCCCAAUAAGUCAGGUGCCGUGUGCCUCCACGCGGCGGCAAAGAGGGGACACGCAGCCGUCGUAAAGGCUUUGCUGCAGAAGGGCUCUCACGUGGAUGCGCGGACCAAGGAUAACUACACAGCGCUGCACAUAGCCGCCGAGAACUGCAAGCCGCACGUGGUGCAGACUCUGCUCGGCUUCGGGGCGCAGGUGCAGCUCAAAGGAGGGAAGGGGCAGGAGACCCCGCUGCACAUCGCUGCGCGCAUUAAGGACGGGGAGAAGGUGGCGGAGAUGCUGCUGAAGAGCGGAGCCGACGUCAACGUAGAGACGGAGAACGGGGAGACCGCGAUGCACAUAGCAGCUCGCCACGGCAACCUAAAGAUGAUUACUGCCCUGAUCGAAGACGGAGGGGAACUCGCUUGGCUUUCCAAGGUAUUAGAAAGCCCACUGCACACAGCGGUCCGGCACUGCCACCCACCCAUCGUAGAGGUGAUCCUUCACUACUUGGCGAGCGAAAAGAGCCCGGCGGACGCCGCCCGAUGCGUUAACGAGCCCAACGAGGACGGGGAGACGGCUCUGCAUUUGGCAGCAGCGGUGAAUAAAGACGCGAUCAACACGGAGAAAGAGGACGUGAAAAUCAUCCGAAUCCUCCUGGAAUAUAACGGGGACAUCUCACGCACCACAACAGAGAAGGUAGAGACGCCGUUGCAUUACUGCGCCGGGGUGGGGAAUGAAGAUGUCUUGCUUGAAAUGAUCAGACAUAUAGGCUGCAACCAAAUCCAGCAGGCGAUGAACAAGCAGGCAAAGAAUGGGUGGUCUCCACUCCUGGUGGCAGCGGAGAGGGGUCACACUGAGGUUGUAAAAAUCCUGCUGCAGAAUCAUGCACGUGUUGAUGUAUUUGAUGAGCACGGCAAAGCCGCUCUGCACCUUGCGGCGGAGAAGGGUCACGACGAGAUAGCAGACGUCCUGCUCCGGCACAAGGCGUUUGUGAACGCCAAAACCAAGCUCGGCCUAACGCCGCUCCAUCUGUGCGCUCAGAAGGGGUAUAACCACCUGGUGAAGAUGCUUGUGGAGACGCACCUGGCCUGCAUCGAUGCUAUGACCUUGACCCUGCGGACCCCGCUUCACUUGGCUGCCAUGAAUGGUCAGCUGGAUGUAUGUAACAGUCUACUAACGAUGAAGGCGGAUGUCAAUGCGAUCGAUACCGACGGACAGACUGCGCUCCACCUGGCGGCUGAGAACGAUCACUCCGAAGUGGUGAAACUCUUCUUGAAGCAGAAGCCGGAGUUGGUAACUUUGGCCAAUAUGGACGGCUCCACAUGCGCUCACAUCGCUGCCGCCAAGGGAAGCGUCGCUGUCAUUAAGGAGCUCCUCAGGUUCAACAAAACUGGCGUCACCACAACUCGCAACAAGACCAGUGACUCCACGCCGUUGCAUCUGGCAGCCGAAGGAGGUCACGCAGAGGUGGUUAAGGUUCUGUUAGAAACCGGCGCGUCUGCAUCGGACGAGAAUGGAGAGGGGAUGACAGCGAUUCACCUGGCAGCUAAGAACGGGCAUAUCGAUGUCCUGGAGGCUUUAAAGGGAAGCAUCUCAUUCCGGAUUACCAGCUCCAAGACCGGUUUUACAGCUCUUCAUGUGGCAGCUCAAUUUGGACAACUCGAUUUUGUCCGUGAAAUCCUAACCAAAGUGCCCGCCUCGAUGCACAGCGAGCCCCCCAAAACCGCCUCGGACUUAUUAUAUAUGAAAGAUCAAGGAGGCGAGUCCGGAUAUACCCCAUUGCAUUUGGCUUCCCAAUCCGGCCACGAAAGUCUGGUCCGGCUUUUACUGAACUAUCCAGGAGUCCAAGCCGACGCAGCCACCAACCGGCAGGGUUCGGCGCCAAUACACCUCGCGGCGCACAACGGUCACACGUCGGUUGUCGGCCUCCUUCUAAGUAAGUCCACGUCCCAGCUGCAUAUGAAAGACAAGCGAGGAAGAACGUGCCUCCACCUGGCUGCCGCCAAUGGCCACAACGAGUUGAUGAGGGCGCUCGUUGGUCAAGGAGCUGAAAUAAACGUGACCGACAAGAAUGGGUGGUGUCCGUUGCAUUUCGCUGCAAAGUCUGGCUUCCUAGACACCGUCCGCUUUCUCACUGAAUGUGGCGCCAAUGCGGCGCUGGAGUGUAAAGACGGAAAGCUAGCCAUCCAGUACGCGGCCGCAGAAAACCACCAUGAAGUGGUGAGCUUCCUACUGAAGAAGGACCGCAAUACUUUAAAGCUAACGGAAGACAGAAAGUUCGUCUUUGAUCUCAUGGUCUGCGGGAAGAUAAACAACAACAGGGUAAUAGCGGAAUAUGUUCUUAAUUCCGCGGCACCGCUGGACACCGCUGUCAAACUCUCGAGAGCGUUCGCCGUUGCGAGCCUGAAGGAGAAAGAGAGGGCAGUAGACCUUCUAAACGCUUCGAAGUACAGCGAGAACAUGGCUACUGAACUCCUCACCGUGGCCUCCGGAAGUAAAAAUGCAGGUUAUAUCCUGAGAGCCGUGGACCACCGAGGGACGACUAUCCUGGACUGCUUCAUCGAGUGCGAACAAAAGGACGUCGUUGCCCAUCCCGCUGUCCAAAAAUACUUGUCCGAGGUCUGGUACGGACAGUUAGAGUGGGCCGCGUGGAAACUGGUGCUUCUUUUCUUUACCUUCUUGGCGUGUCCGCCGGUCUGGCUUGUGUUCUCUCUGCCUCUGAAGCACAGAUUUCACAAGAUCCCAAUCAUAAAAUUCAUGAGCUACUUGGCCUCUCAUAUAUUCCUGCUCGUGCUGUUCAUCCUAACCAUCGUCUACCCGCCUGUGAGUCCGAUUUACGAAGGGCGCACCAUACCGUACUGGAACGAGUGGCUGCUGUUAGUCUGGUUACUGGGGACGCUGGUUUCGGAGCUCACCCACCACGGGGAGCGCUCUGGACUGGCCUGGAUACGGGUUUUCGUCUUGGGAUUCUCUGCAGCCGCUUUCUUCUGCCACUUACUCGCGUUCCUGUUUACCGAUACGGAACGUUUGCACUGCCUUUUUGCCAGAAAUAUUUUCCUCGGUGUAGCCAUGACUCUCUCCUUUGUCCAGUUCCUGGAGUUCCUCACUUUUCACCACCUCUUUGGACCGUGGGCUAUUAUCAUAAGAGAUCUGAUAAAGGACCUAACCCGUUUUGCCGUCAUUCUAGGCUUGUUUCACGUAGCCUUCACCAUGCAACUGUCUGCCGUCUACCAGCCCGUCUACCCAGAAUCUAAAACGAAUCGGACUUAUAAUGAAACCGCUCCCGAACAGAACGUUUCCAACAUCCAGGAUCCCAUCGAUAUCACCGUCCUCUUAUUCUUUUCUCUCUUCGGUCUCGUCGAACCGGAAUGUCUUCCGAGCCUCGACCGGACUCCCCCGUUCACGUUCGUAAUCGUCCGCUUCGUGUUUGGCGUUUACCUUAUCGUCACGUUAAUUGUUCUGAUCAAUCUGCUGAUCGCCAUGAUGAGCGACACCUACCAGAGGAUACAGGCUCAGUCGGACACGGAGUGGAAAUUCGGGCGGGCGACGCUUAUCCGAGACAUGACCAGAAAACCAGGAGCCCCGUCUCCGUUCAACCUGCUCACGAAUUUAUUUUACUACGUGAGGUUACUGUGCAAGUACAAAGGGAACGUCUGCUCUGCCGGUACCAGGAACGUUCUGAAUGAAGAGGAUGCUGACGGAUUUUCGGACACGCAUUCUAUUGACUUUCUUGCGCAUACAUCGCUUGGAUGGCUUAGAACCACUGCCAAGAGAACAAUGCAAGUAUCACCAGAAGGUGGAUUAAAUCGCAACCAGUUUUUAGGAGGCCCCGUGCACGUGGAUGAAAUCACAAACUGGCACGCCGUGGUCCUCCGGUAUCUCUCCCUCAAAGGCCAAUCGGACGUGGCAAUUUUCGAAAAGGAAGCCGCUCGCCGUACAGAUAAGUCUACGAAGCCCCCGUUUCACCGACCGGUUGACGCGAAGCUCCAGAAUGGAAUCCACUAACGUAACAUCUCCUGUUCUAGACUACGGAAUACCGAGACGCCAUGGCUGACCUGAGACCCAAGGCCGAGUCAGUAGCCUGUUUUGGGUUAAGAUUUGUUUCCCUAUUCCAGGGCAGACAUUAUCUCCAAACUAAUGAACGAUCGGAUACUG